AUGCGUGUGGUGGCUCUGAUGGAGAGCCAGCCUCGCUCUGCCACGGCGCUGGUUUCGGAGCCUGGCGAGAUGCUCCUCGUCAGGAAGGCCGACUUCAUGCGGCUCAUCAAAGAGCCCAUGAGCAGAGACUGGGUGGAGAAAGACAGGCUCCUGAAGCUGGAGAUGUUCUUGCAGGAUCACCUCGUGGGCAUCCGGGAGCAUGCGAAGAGCUUCGUGCCGAUCACUGGCAAGUCGCAUGCGACGCAUAUGUUCGCCAAGAAGAAGUAUCUUCCCGGUCACAUCUUCUUGCACGAGGGCCAGGUGGCAGAGGGCGCGCUUUACGUCAUUUUCGAGGGCUCUGUGGAGUUCUUCCGGGCUGCCUCAGGCACAACCGCCAAACUUCGCGAAGCAUGGAGAAACCCGGUGAUGGAGCAGCGGAAGCCCCUGGGCUUGCUUCAGCCGACGAGUGCUGGUGUCGUCGCCCGCGAGUACAGGCUUUGCGCCAUGUUGUCCGGGGGCCUCUUCGGCUCCGCUAGCUUCAUCGGCGGAGAGAAAACGACGGAGGAGUUCUCAGUCAUCGCAGGCCCAAAGGGCUGCUUGGUCUUCGAGUCUGUGGGAGACAACUUCCAGAAGCUCCCUUUGAAGGUGGCUUCUGCAGCAAGGGAGGUCUUGUCGAAGGUGGCGCAGGUCCAUCAAGAGAGGUGCGGGGUGCUUCUGGCGACCCUUGAUUCAGGAAGCGAUGAGAAUCCCGCCAAGCUGUGGAAGCGAACGAUGGCUUGGCAGGGCAAUGCGAAUGCACGACGUGCCUCGCAAUCGCCACGGGCCUAUGAAGUGGCAGUGCGAUGGAGUUCGGGCAUGUACUCAUGCCGACGGGAUGCGAAGGGAGGGGAUCUAAAAGGCUAUUCAUUGAAUAGCAGGGAAUCCUCUCCUCACUUCGAGCAAGAUGCAGGCAUUACCAGUGUCGCGAAGUCUGUUGCGCCUUAUGUGAUCGAGAAAGGUGGGCCUUCCACAAGGCAGAUCGAAAGCUUGGCCGGAGAUCCGCCUGCGGGAGGCGAUUGGUGUGCAGUGCUGGUUCCUCAGAGACGCGUUGCCUGCGAUGCCUGCAAGUCAGACCCAGGUGGCUCGGAGUGCACAUCGGAAGUGCCCGAACCGCUUGAGGAAGAGGCGGCCGUGCAGCUGCCGAUGCAGGGCCCUUGGCAAAUCAAGUUGGAUUUGACUUUGUGGUACUUCACCACACCGCUGUGCCAACAGCUGGAAAGCCCCAAUUCCCUGGAUGAGUUACGUCUCAGGCAGACCUUGCAGGACCAAGCUCCAUCCGCUGGUUGGAAGUGUUUUGUUUUCUCUUCUCUCGCAGCCUUCAAGAAGCCCUUCUUCAGCGGGUGCCCAGGCAAAUGGGCACGCAUGCUAACUCUGCCGGGCUUCUCGGGUGAGCCUCUGCCUGCCUCCUUCCAGCAUGUAGGUGAACUGGAAUUCCCGCGAGAGCUCGUUGGGGCGUUGAUGUUCGCGCCGGAAAGGCAGGCAAGCGCUGACGAGUUUGAGAAACUCUGGGCUGACGAGCUGGAGGCCAAGGGAGAGGAGAAGGCAAGCGUGGCAAGCGUUCUUAUGCGCAUGGUGCCAAAGAACAAACUGAUUACAGGCGGUCUUGCCUACAGCUGGGCGGUUCUGAUUGGUCAGCUCUACUCCGUGUACUUGGUGCGCUUUUCCUUGAUGCACUUCUUCAAGCUCCAGGCCUGGGUGUUGGCGCACCCUCACGAGGAAAGAAACCUCACGAACCAGCUCCUUAUUGCAAUCUUCGCUUUCACGAUCUAUCCGAUCAGUCAGAUCAUCAUUCUCUCGAUCACCAACUCUAUAACAACGCAGCUGGAUCAACGCAUGUGUGGAGGUCUGGCUGUGGCGCUUUUCCGCAAGGCACAGCGCCUUCCUUCGCCAUGGACCCAGAAGAAGCGGGUCUUAAUGAUAUGCAUGUACGGAUUGAACACCUGGCAAACUGACGACUCGACGGUGGGCACGGAGCAGUCGUCACCGAAGGAAGGCAUGUUACCUAUGCAGACAGCCAUGUACCCACAUCUACGCAUUAGGCUCCUCAACCACGAUAUCCUGACGGCUUUGAUCGGUUCCUUCGACUCGCUUUGCCUCGCUGGAACAGCGGCCAUGUCAGUCUUCGUUCUGUUCUUCCUCAUGGCCUCCCAACUGCGCCUUGCGACCAUAUGUGCCUUCGGGAUUGCGAUCCCCUGCGUGAGUUAUGCUGUGGUCUUGGGUGGUGGAAUUGGGGAGGUGAUGUUGAUGUUGCAGGAACGUACAGACCGACGCGUGGUGACACUACGGGAGGUGCUGUUUGGUGCCGGCUCCCCAGACUCAACCUUGUCCAGCUCCUGGCUGCAGCUUGGAUCGGAGCAUGGUGCCGAGGUGCGGGUAGUGAAGUGCUACGGCUGGGAGGUCGCCAUGGAGCAGAAGCUCGCUGCCCUCAGGAACAAGGAGGUCCUACUGGCACUAUACAUGCGUGACCGGCUCAGAGUCAAGAAGGGCCUGGGCAAGUGGGAAGAGAGUGGGGCCGCGGCCAUGAAUUUUAACCGGCAAUUGGGAACUCACCGAUGCCCCUCUCGGCGCGGCCAGGGCAUCACGGCGCUGCUCGUGGCAUUUCCGCGACUCCUCAUUUGGCCUCGGCCUGACGAAAUCCGACGUCGCUUUUGCGGCUCUGAGCUUGAGACUCUUCAGACUCUUGCCGCCGAGCCACGCGAGCCAAGGGCGGGCCUGGUGGGGUAUGCGGCCAUCUACGGUGCCCACGAUGUCCCUUGCCUAGACCUAAAUCGUAGUGUCCCGAAGACUCGCUUCGACGAGAG